AUGGAGAACUCUUCGACUCCCCUGGCAGACUAUUUCUGGAUAGCUGGCGUGGAAUCAAUCAGCUACGACGACCCUCUGCCGCUGACCAACCUGCCCGUUGAUUCCACCAUUGCCGAGGACGGAGAGCCCGACGAUGAUGCCCAAAACGGCUGCAAGCCAACGGCUGCCCGCCACUCCUGGCAGAACUCGGCAAACCGCCUGUCCAAACUAUCGCUCGACGGCCGAUUUUCCAUAAACUGCACUCUCGACGAGCUCGAUGGCAGCACUCGCAGCAACAGGAGCAGUGCCACGAUCAAGCCCGUCAAGCUCGCCGCUCCCAAUGGGACCGCCACCAACGGGGCUGGGCCUGUUUCUGAGGCAUUACCUCAGGGACUCAUGGGCAUGCCAGACUUUGACUUUGACAAGGCCCUCUUCAAGUUUGCCGCCGAGCGGGAAAACUUUCUCGAGGACCUGUCGUUUACCGCCGGCGCCAAACUGCAGUCCCGACCCCCCAUGAUAAAUCCCCGAGCCGAGAGGAUCCGAGCAGAUGAGGGAGUUCCAAGCGGCAGGAUGAGCCCGCUGAGAAGCUUGAAAGGAAGCAUUCGGCGCAAGAUCAGUUUUAGGGAGAUGAACAGCGUGCGCAAAGGACCACCUUCCGCCAGGCCGGGCGCGUGCAACCGAGCUUCUUCUGUCCGCACCGCGAAACGGCUGAGCAACUACAACUCGGUGAUUCCGCCACCGGAGCCUCUGAACACGGACCCGAACAUGCAUCCGUUGAAGAGGCGGUUCGAGCCGGUUCUGCUCGAUCGGUACCCUCCCAAGGGCGAAACGGAUGAGCUUGCCAGGCGGGGCAAGUUUCCAGACUUUGUGCCCAUGUUUGCGUUCCCCAACGACAUUCAAAUCGUCUCUUCCGACGAUCGCCCCCGCUCGACGUGGCACGGCUUUACCAUGACGGGCGAGGACAAUGCCAAGCUCUACGGCAUAACCAUCAUCAUAUGGACGGCCCUGACUGCCGAGCGUGCCGAAGAGGUGGAGCUGAGGUGCGAGCGAUGGCGCCAGGACCACAUGUCCAACGAGGAGAGAGAGCUGGCCGCAAGCCUGGGAGUGCGGCUGGCCGGCGAGCGAUCCCAUCUGUCCCAGCUCCUGUCCAAGCUUCCCACCAUGCCCUCGGGAUCGCCGGCUCGGGACAGGCUGGAGGACGAGAUCAGCACCGUGGAGGAGAAGAUUGCUCUGAUGACGGACAUGCUGAGGCCGCUGCGGCAUGGUGCCGCGUCCAAGAUCGAGGGCCUGACGGCGGGCGAGAGCGGGCUCUGGAUCCCGCGAGCAUACGGCGUCCUGGGGCGAGACGUGGCGUGCAUGGGCUUCUGGAAGGAGUGGCUCAGGUCCAUCAUCGUCCCGAUGACGGACGGGGCCGUCCUCAGGAUCCCGCCCAGCUCGCCAAAGGUCGGCCGCUGGCAGCCGCUGGAGCGCUACGUCGUCAACCUCUGCACCGAGGCCUUCAGCCCCCUGGGGUCCAAGACGCAGGUGGAGCUGGGCGUGCGAGACCUGCGGCUCUACGCGCGCAAGGAAGGCGCCAACGAGCUUCCCGGCUCCCGGACCAUUGACCUCUACGCCUUGUUCCGGUGCCUCUCGCUCGAGAACGUGGUCGCGCUGUUCGAGUACGCCAUGUCCGAGUCGCGCGUCAUCUUCCUGUCGUCGCACACCAGCAUGCUGCACCUGGCCUGCCACGCCCUGGCGAACCUCCUCUACCCGCUCAAGUGGGCGAGCAUCUUCAUCCCGGUGCUCCCGGCGAGGCUCGUCUCCGCCCUCGAGGCCCCGUGCCCGUACAUUGUCGGCGUGGAGCGCCGGUACGAGCGGAUCGACCUGCCAGACGACGACUACGUCCUCGUCGACCUGGACAAGGACACGAUCGACGCCACCUCGCAGCCGCACCGCCUGCCCCGGCAGCAGCGCCGGAAGCUCAUGUCCCUGCUUCAGCUCGCCGCCCCUCACGCCCUCCGCUACGGCGUGGCCACCGGCCCGCCGCCGUACGCCGUCGAGUCGUUCCCUUACGACUCGUUCUCGUCGGAGAACCGGUCCGUCUUCACCCCCGUCGCCCCGCGAGCCACCCUGGGCAAGUGGGUGUCGCAAAACUCGUCCAGCUUCGCCGAACGGGACGCCCCGGAGCACGUGGACCCGCCCGUCUUCAACGCCUUCACCGUCUCGUCGGCGGACGGCGGCAAGUCGGACCGGCCGGGGACGAGCAGAUCCUCCAAGACCAGCCCGCAGUCGUCCGUGUCUCCCGCGUCGACGACGUUCCCGCCCAUGCCCACGACGCCGCUCUCGCGCAGCGACUCGGGCUUCGCCCUGACGGCGACGUUGCGGGAGAAGAGAUCCGGGCACUUUGGGGAGGACAAGGGCGGCGGCGGCGGCGGCCUCGGCGGCCGGCGCAGCUCGUCGUUUGGGCUGGACAAGCUCCAGGCGGUGCAGAAGCCGGGCCUGCCCUUUCUCAACGGCCACCAGCAGCAGUCGUCCGUCUCGGGCUUCUCCGUCAUGUCCGAGUCGUCGUUUGGCGGGGGGGGGUACGCGCCGUCGACGUACGCGCAGUCGACGCUGGCGGCGUCGACCAUCAUGCCCAACAUGCAGAUACAGCCGGUGCGCAACACGGAGACGACCGUCUGGGUCGAGGGCCACUGCUUCAGCUUCAACGUCAAGGACAGCUGCCUGUCCACGUGCACCAUCUGCGACGACCGGUCCGAGGGCGACGGCUUCUACGCCUGCGCCGCGUGCAAGACGGCGGCCCACGGCCGGUGCCUGGGCCACGUCUCGCUGGUCUGCCCGGAGGCCUUCCGCGCGGACCGGGUGAGGGCGGCCUUUGUGCGCUGCCUCGCCAGCCUCUUGUACACGUACCGCAAGCACCUGGGCCGGCCGACCAAGCAGCAAAAGAGCAACGGGCAGCUGUACGCCUUUGACAUGGAGGGCUUCAUCAAGAGCCUGCCGUACGACCAGCAAGAAUACGCCACCAUGAUGCGAGACACCCAAGCCUUCAACGAGUUCAUCCACGAGCGAGAAACCACGCCGUCGACCGACCCCUCCAUCCGGCUCUUCGACGAGGUCAUCCUGGCCAAAAAGGCCCGCGGCCGACCCGGCCUCUCCUCGGGCCUGUCGCGCCUGUCCACCAUCCGCCAGAGCCACGGGGCCUCGUUCCCCGCCGCCGCCGCCGCCCCGGCCGCCCCCUCCUCCGCCCGCCACCCCUUUGGCAAGACGCCCUCCUUCCUGUCCGACACGUCGGACCACAUCUGGCGCACCGCCUCGGUGCCCCUGCCCAAGGGCAACUUCCCCGGCGAGUACCGCUCCGUCAUCACGCGCAUCCCGUCGCGCCUCGACCGCACCCUCAUGCGCGAGCCGCGCGCCAUCCAGGGCGUCCCGCGGAUGGAGCAGCGCGGCGCGCGGGCCUUUGUGCGCAAGCAAGUCCCCAGCAUGCUGGGCACCACGCCGCCUCCCUGA